CGUAGUGCAAUCCGCCGUCAACGUUCCAGCGACUUAUCGGCCUUGUUGUUAGCAUCGGCUACUCUGAGGAUUCCGACUUGAAAAACUAAUUACCAUUCAGGAUGGAUAGACCUUCGGAAUCGUCCAUGGUGCCUUACACUCCGUCUCAAAAAGCAGUCGUCCAGUCCAGUCCUCAACCGCAAUCGCGUCCCGCAGUUCAUAAGGAAUUGCAGGUCGGUAACAUUUCGGUGUGCGGCAUCAAAAUUGUGUCCAUCGUGAUCGAGGGAGUGGAGAGACUUUGCCUGGCGCAAAUAAGCAGCACACUCCUCAAACAGUUUAGCUACAAUGAGAUACACAAUCGUCGGGUCGCCCUGGGGAUAAACUGUGUCCAGUGCACGCCGGUGCAGUUGGAGAUGUUACGCCGGGCCGGGGCGAUGCCACCGGCAUCGCGAAGGUGCGGGAUGAUCACGAUCAGGGAGGCCGAACGUCUUUGCAGAUCCUUUCUCACUGACAACGCUCCGCCCAGACUUCCGGAUGACUUCUACUUCUCGGUUCAUCACGAGUGCGCCUGGGGAUGUCGAGGUCAAUUCAUACCCUCUCGCUACAACAGUUCCCGAGCAAAGUGCAUCAAGUGCACCUUCUGCGGGAUCUUUUUCUCCCCGAACAAAUUCAUAUUCCACUCACAUCGGAAGGGUCUCACGGAUAAGUACGUGGAACCGGAUGCCGCUAAUUUCAAUUCGUGGCGACGACACAUGAAGCUCUCCGGAAACCCGAAGGAGGACAUAAUAUUCGCUUGGGAGGAUGUGAAAGCGAUGUUCAACGGCGGCACGAGGAAGCGUAUGCUGUCGAAGCCGGUCGCCGCCGGUGGAAACCACACGGAGGAGGGUUGGGAAGACGUCAAGUCCAUAUGCAGCUCGAGAAAACGCGCGAUCUGUAACACACCGAACCCCCGGGAAUCCCCGGGACCCGUCAGAAGAUCGAGAUCCUCACCGUCGGCACAAAUUUCAACGCCUCCCUUACCCGUCCAGCAACCGAGUACGCAUCCGAGAGUAGCACCGUUCAGGGAGCUUCCCUUGCCGCUUUCACGGAGCCUCAUGGCGGAUUACGUCUGGCAUCAACAGGCGGCCGCUGCUGCUAAGACUCCCGGCUUCGCCUUCCUACCUUACGGCUUUCCCUGGAUCGGAAAAGGAGGACCGGUGCUUCCCGUUUUUCCAGGUCCACUGGCGCCCCCGCUGAGCGGUAACGCACCGAGCGAAUCGCUCAUCCCCGGAACGGGCGCAUCUCUACCGCUCCCGCCUCCUCCUCUGCCACCCUCUCUUCACCAAUCGGCCUUCCGUCCCGUCGUUCGAUCCUCACCGAUCAUCGAGUCACCUCCCCCGGUCCGCGAGCAUCAAAUUCCAAGGAACAACGACGCUGACGAGAAAGAGAUCAAUUCGGACGACGAGGUCGACAUCGAGACGAUGGAGGACGAGGAUCCGACCUUCAGAGCAACCCCAACACCCAGCCUCCAUUUCGAUUCGUUGAAUCUUCGGAGCAGUAUCGCCGCCUCCAUUUCUGGCAACAGCAGCAACCACAGCGGUCGUAGUGCCUCGCCGCAGUGCUGGAGUCCUGCCCGCGAAACCGAACGCGAAGCUGAGAAAAUGGCCGAGGAGAGUGCUGCGCUCCGCGAAGACAAGCCGGAAUCCAAGAGCCUGGAGCGUUGGCACGGUCGAACCGGAUCCUUCUACCAGCAUCCGAAUGUUCUCGAAAGUAACGGAGACUCGUCCGAUCGCUCGACGCCCGAUUGCUCCGCGUGCAGACCCCGGGCAAUGUUUUACGGUCAAGUUCACAGCCCACCACUCUCCAGCAAUUAAUCCUCCAUCGUGCAAUCAAUGUUAUAUAUUUAUUUAUUUAUUAUAAAUAUCCUACACGGAUUAGACUCUAAGGAAACACCGCGCGUUCGUCGUAGUCUCUUACGAAAUAAUAAACGACGCUGAAGUUGGCCACGUUCGAGUCCAACGAAACGAAGGAAAAAAACAUUUGUAAAUGAGCAAUUUUUCAUUUCACGAAGCAUCGGUGCAGCUUGAAAAACUAAGAAUUGCAAAUUCGGCAGGGCGAAAUUGAAGAUUUACUGGAAUUACUGGAGGCUUUUUACAUCGUUUCGUGGACUGGAACGUUGCAAACUUCAACGUCAUAAAUAAUGAAACGUAUACGAAACUCCAUAUACGUGUGAUUAUGAAGGAUUGUCGAUAAGUUUGGCGUCUUAGAUGCAGCAGUAGAACUGAAGGAAACCGAGGGAAAAUUAACCUCCGAACGAGAGCUUCGUCGUUCGAGUCGAAUAAAAUGUUUUUUCAAAAAACAGCUAUACAUAGGUAACGAGCUAUUCAUAGGAGGAAAAAUAACACUGAAGUACCGUCUUAUUAACUCUUUAGUCAUGUUACAUCAUGGUUCUAGUAACUUUUGCAUAGCUCAAGGUGGGAGUCUCGCCGAAGCGUUUUUCUGAAGAAUUUCUUUGAUGAAAUUCGGGAAUUUUUCGAAGCUAAUCGUGCGCAAGUUUCCGGACCUCGAGCGGAGCCUUCGAGAUUUAAAUUGAUCGUGGUCGUCGCGAGACUCGUAUCUUGGGGAAUAAAUUGAAUGUAAAUACGUUCGGGAACGAGGCGGUUGGAAUGCGAUAAUCAGGCACUAGUUUGACCGCGAUGUGUGACUACACGCCGAAAAAUUAUCAUCGAAAACUCGUGGAAUUGAAGAAUCGCCACGGUCGAACACUCCUCGAAGAUAAUCCUCGCUUUUGUAGGGAAUCAAAUGCAAAACGUGCCCGCGAGUCGUCGCGACGGAACGAAACGAACCUACAAAUAUCUCUCUCUCUCUCUCUCUGCAUGCUCUUAUCGAAUAACCGUUCAUUUUUCGAUGGAAUGGACGAUGAAACCACUAAUAACUCAAAAUAUGAAACUAAACUUUGCUGGAAUCACAGUCCAUCGCGUGUCUUCGGGAAUAUUCUUUGACGCGUUGAAGUAUGUAUUUUUAUUAUUUAACACUUUGAUUCGAUGAAAACUCGAACGAUUUACGAGAAGAAUUCAUAAGGGUUCGAUUAGAUUUUAUCUCUCAACCGAAAAUAAACGGAGAUAUAAAUAGAUGUAUAAAUAGUUGAAAUUUUCUAACCCCCAAUUUUCGUUCGUUUGUCAAUUGAACUCUGAAUUCGAGAUCCAAUUUUCGUUCGAGACCCGAAGUAUUCCUCAUAAAGCUUCAUUAUUACGCGCGAUUAUUAUCGGAUGAAUAUAUGAAUAAUUCGACGUUACCAAAUCGUAUUAUAUAAUAAUGUGUAACAAAAAUUGUAAUAAAAUCGUUAUCGAAUAAUA